AUGGGGAUCACCAAGACGAAACAGUUCGCUCGCAGCUACGUGUGGUGGCCGGGGAUCGACGAGGCGGUGGAGGCCGUGUGCCGCGCCUGCUCGGUGUGCGCGCGCGUGGCGGACGCGCCGGAGCGACACGAGCCGCGCCCGUGGCUGUGGCCAGAGCGCCCGUGGUCGCGACUGCAUCUCGAUUUUUUAGGGCCGAUAGGGGGCGCUACUUACUUAGUCACCGUGAACGCUCAUUCUAAAUGGGUCGAAGUCACUGCUAUGAGUUCCAUUUCGGCAAAAAAUUUAAUAAGCAAAUUAAGGGAAAUGUGGGCCAGAUUCGGUCUGCCAAGACAGAUAGUGAGUUACAACGGUCCGCCAUUUACUAGUCAGGAAUUCCAGUUAUUUCUUAAGGAUAACGGUAUAGAACACAUAUUUUCAGCACCCUAUCAACCGGCUUCGAAUGGCGCAGCUGAGAAUGCGGUUAGAAUGAGCAAGCGGGUUAUAAAAAAGGCACUAGUACAGGGUGUGAAUAUCGAUAUCGCGCUUAAUAGGUUUCUACUCGUAUAUCGUAACACCGAACACUGUACUACCGGUGUGAGCCCCGCGAAAUUAUUACAAGGUCGUUCACUGCGCACACGCCUCGACUGUCUGAAGCCGGAGUUGGGGCCCCGCGUGCGGCGCGAGCAGGCGCGGCAGGCGCGCGCCGCGGGCGGCAGUCGCCGGCAGUUCGCGCCGGGAGACCGCGUAUGGUACCGCGGUUAUCGUAACUCGGUUGUAAAAUGGUUAAAAGGAGAAGUACACUCCAGACUAGGAGAAACGGACUAUAAUAUUCUAGGGGCUGAUAAAGUCUUUAUUCAUAGACAUGUCGACCAGAUAAGACCACGAUCGGGGGAGCCGGAUAGGGAAGGGGAAGACCGGGAUGUUUCAGAAGGAGGAAGAGGUUCAUUAUCACGUUCCUAUCUAGUGUAUCCGAAUGGCUCCUCUCCAGUGGUGGAGGAAGAGCCCAGUUCGAGUGGCAGAGGGGCCGCGGCCGGGUCCGCGCCCGCCGCGACAUCCUCGCGCCCCCCGCCCGCCCAGCAGCCGGCGCCCACGGCUCCGAGCCCGGCGAGGGAGCGCCCCAACCCGCCUAGAACUCGUAGGGCCCCGCGACGUUAUGGAUUUGAUUUUGAUUAG